GGAAAUUAUUUCAAGGAGGAUAAUUGUACUGGAGCAGCUCAGGGGCAGGCGAACAGAAGAAUGCCCGGGGCUGGUGACAUUACCAUGGAAAACUCGUGCCGGGCCUUGUGCCGCUCCUUGGUCACCCACAGCGGCGUGCAGGAUGAGGCGGACAUCUCCAAGUCUGUAUUGUACACCUCCCUCAUGGGGCUGCUGCUGGUUGCUGACAAAGAGAGAGAAAUUGACUUAUCGCUGGGCACUGGAAAGGUUGGGCUGCGGAAUGUGGGAAACACAUGCUUCCUCAACUCUGUAGUUCAGUGUUUGUCACACACUCUCAGUCUAAGAGACUACUGUCUAACCAAGGCCUUUCUACAAGAAAUGGGCUCCGCCAAAGAGCCACAGCUCAUGAAAGCAUUCACCCAGGUCCUGUCUGACCUGUGGGACACUAAAGGAUCUGAAACAGCUGCAAAUCCCGGUACAUUCUACUCCGUCUUCAAAGAGUCAGUGCCUUACUUCAGCGGCUACAGUCAGCAGGAUGCGCAGGAGUUUCUUCGCUUUCUGUUGGACAGACUUCACUCCGAGAUCAACCGCUGCCCACCGCACCGCAAUCCAGCACACACCAAUCUCGCCCCCAUGUAUGCAAAGAUCAGAAUCGAAGAAGAAGCUGCAAUGAUGUGGAGGAAAUAUCUUGAGAGAGAAAACAGCAAGAUUGUAGACUUGUUCUCCGGUCAGCUACGCAGUACUCUGCAUUGCUCCAUCUGCUCUCACUAUUCAACCACUUUUGAUGUCUUCUAUGACCUGUCGCUACCUAUCCCGAAGGUACUCCCUGUGGCAGGGGCCUCGGUUUCUCUGAAGGACUGUCUUGAGCUCUUUUCCCAAGAAGAACAACUCGACCAGGAAAAUUCACCUUUGUGUGAGAGGUGCGGGAAGCGCACGGUCAGCACCAAGAGGCUAAUCAUCCAGAGGUUCCCAAAAGUCAUUGUUCUGCACCUGAACCGGUUUACCAUGUCGAGGUACUCCAUCAGCAAAAGCACUGUGUCCGUGUCCUUUCCGCUCACUCAGCUGGAUCUGGGCCCAUAUGGACCUGUGGAUACCGGACCUGUUUUGUACAACCUGUAUGCUGUGUGUAACCACUCGGGCACAGUGAACAUGGGGCACUACACAGCCUACUGCCUGGAUGAGUCUGGCUGGCAAUGCUACAAUGACUCCAGGGUUACUCCAAUUGCUGAAUCUCAGCUCCAGUCCAGCCAAGCAUAUGUUCUUUUCUAUCAGCUCGAUGUCAGUAGCCAAGCAAGGAAAUAA